AUGGCCGAGGAAGACGAGCUAUACUUCCUUCAACCGGGUUUCGACCUGAACAGCCUCACCAUCCCCCGCAUCCGUUCAAUCCUCGUCGCGCAAAAUGUGCAUUAUCCGUCCUCGGCGAAGAAGAGUCAACUGCUAGAAAUCUUGGAGCAAGAGGUCCUACCGCAGAGGGAAAAGCUACUCCGUGCGCAAGCUAGAGUCCGGCGCACAAGCAAAGGCAUAACGGACGUUCCCAGCAGUCAAGAAGGGACAAUUGACGGUGACGAUGAUGAUGACAGGCAAUUGAUGCCGCCUCCCCCGGCUCCGAAAACACCGCGAAGCAGGAAAAGCAAGUCAGACCUAACUGCCGCAUCGGCUCCGUCGACUUCGAAGCGGACCAAGACUCCCAGCAGGAAGAGCGCGACCAGAACACCCCGCGCAUCCGACACUGAACCAGAGGUGGAGAAGUCGACCGUCCGCAGACCUCGAAAAAGCGCGCCGAUUGAGGCUCCCCCAGAACCUUCCGUUAAGAUCGAAGAACCAGACCGCCACUCAAAGAGAAAAUCGGCCGAGGCAGCAGAAGCAAGUCCCUUCUCCGACGACAAUCCAUUCCAGUCAGGAUCCAGUCCGCCGUCGGUUUCGCAUAAUCGCAAGUCCUCGACGUCUCGAACGCGAAAAUCGUUGACAUCAACGAGUACCACAAAACGUCGGCAGACGACUUCACCACCUAUCAAAUCAGAAGAGUUCUCACCGUCGCGCUCCAAGGUGUUGUUUCCGGUCUCUCGAAUCUCUUCUGCUGAUGCAGAAGAUGGCGUGGCUGUUACAGAAGAGUUCACACCCGAUGCUGCCCGUGAACUGGUGGAAGAAGAGAGGAACGGACAAUUAGUCCCCAACCGCGCCUCAACACUUGUAAGAAGGAAAAAGAAGAAGGAAACGAACGCGGUUGUGAAAAAUGCACCCUUGGCUAUCAUCACGACUGUACUUGCUGCUCUGGGAGCGUGGUACAGGCAGGAGAAGAUCAAUAUCGGUUACUGUGGGGUGGGGGAACCGAACUGGUCAUUAGGCUCCAACCCGCAUAUCCCUGCUUGGGUGCAUGAGAAUCUCCAACCAAAAUGCGAGCCCUGCCCCCAGCAUGCAGUCUGCUACCCGAACAUGGAAGUAGAAUGUGAGAGCGACUUUGUGGUCAAGCCUCAUCCAUUGGCAUUGAACGGCUUGGUCCCGCUGCCACCAACGUGUGAGCCAGACAGCGAGAAACAGAGGAGAAUUAAGGCCGUGGCAGACCGAGCCAUUGAGGAACUUCGUGAGAGGCGAGCCGCCUAUGAGUGUGGAGGUGAUGUCCCGAGCUCGUCAAAUCCUGUUGCAAGAGAGACCGAGGCUGUCAAGACAGUCGCAAAAUCCACGGCAGCAAAAUUGGAGAUUGCGGAAGAGGAACUGAAGCAAACAGUCUCCAAGCUGCGAAGGAAGGGAAUGACAGAGCAGGAGUUCGAAGAGCUAUGGCGCGGUGCGCUUGGGGAUAUCAAGGCACGAGACGAAGUCGAGGUCACUGAGGAUCGAUCCGGUAGAAGCUUCCUCUCGUCUUCCUCCCUCGCCAGACUUCCCUUCGCGUGCGCCGUCCGACGAUCCGUUCUACGAGCGUUUACAGAAAAUCGAAUCCCUAUUGCAAUUCUGAUUCUAAUUGCAUCGACCCUGGUCUACGGGCGCAACAAGAUAUUGUCUUAUCAACAAGCCACGGCGCAAAUCCCCGGUCUAGUGGCAACUACCUUGGACAGAUUAGCCACGCAAGCGGCUCUAAAUCAGGACGGGCGCGCCGCCGAACCAUUCAUCAGCGUCGGCCAAUUGAGAGAUGAUGUGCUGAGGAAUGUGUUCAGUGCGUCGGAGAGAGAGCGUGUGUGGCAAAACGUGAGAAAGAUUGUGGAAGGGAAUUCUAAUGUGAGGGCCGCGACAAGGGAAGGAGGCAAGACCGGCGAAUGGAGCCGUGUUUGGGAGUGGAUUGGACCUCUGGAUCUGGCGCCAGGCUUGGAGGGACGCAAGUCGGGUGGGAUGAUUACGGAUGGAAGGACUGCAGAAGGCAGCAAUCGUGGUAAUAGCUUGGUGAAGGCGGAGGACGACUCGAAUGUGGAAGUCAGGCGAUGGGACGAGGGAAGACCGAUCUAUUGA